AUGUCGUUCAACGAUAUUUAUUCUGAACAGGAGUACAAGUAAUCUACUAAAACAGAAGAAGAGUUAAAGCGACUGACAUUAGAGGAAGACUUGGGCGAGACAAAAAGAUCAUUUUAAAUUCUAACAAAGGGAUAGCAUCUUCAAAAAUGGGCAAUUUACUCAAGAUUGCAUAGGAUUUUGUAGGAGUAAGAUGCAUUUCAGAUUUUGUUUCCAAUUAUCUCAGAAGAUAUCUAAAACUAAGAUGAAGAAUUAUAGAUUGAAGCAGCAAAUAGUUUAGUCAAAGCCUUAGAGUAGAAAUUUUUGGAUUAGGAUCAAAUGAAGCAAAUCUAUAAUCUCACUUUGAUAAUGUUGAAAAUAUGGAGUUAGCCAGUCUUAGACAGCUGGGUGCUAGUUUUUAGGGAAUUACUUAAAAUAUUGCCGUAUAAUUUGAUUGAAGAUGAAACUAAUAAGAUUAUCCUUUAUCUAAGUGACUCAUCUUAGCCAGCAGUUAGCAGAUACAUUUCAGGAAGAAUGAUAGGAUUUGUAGCAGAUGUUAGAAAGGAUAAAAUAAAAGGAACUUUAUUUGAAAGGUCAAGAAUUUUAUGCUUAGAUCAUGACAUCGAAGUUAGAAAAAUAAUGGCUAAAGAAGUCAUUUAAAAGAUUUGCAAAUAUAUAGCAACAGAUUCUAUUGAAAUGCAUUUACUUGAUAAAAUUCUCUAAUUGGUUUAUGACUCAGAAAUUAAUGUUAAGUGUGCUGGUAUAGAACUAAUUUUUAACAUUACUCAAUAUCUUUCUGCAGAGGAGUAAAAAAACAGAAUGUGCAAAAUAUUUAUGGAAUUAUUGCAAAGUCCCAAAGAAGAAAUUCAGAUUUAGAUGUCCAGCAUGAUUGGAUAAAUUUUUAAUUAGCUUGAAUAGUUUUUAUGCAAAAAUUAAUAAAAUGUUUAGGCAAUAAUCAAUACCUUCAAAGAAUACGGCUCUUCAAAAAACGUGAAGCUGAGAAUCAACUUUGCUUACAAUUUUCCUGCUGUCCUUCAUCUAACAGAUUCUAAAACAACUUUUGAUAAACUAAAAAAUAACUAUAUUAAUUAGAUACUAAAAGAUGAUUCCAAAGAGGUUAGAUAUAAAUUAAUUUCUUCCUUCCAUGAAGUAACUGGAUUAGUUACUUAUGAAGACCUCUAGAAGCAUUUACUUCCAAUAUUUAAAGAAUUAAUUAAAGAAAACGAUAGUGCAAUUAUAUUGAGAUUAGUUUAAAAUAUCGAUGUAACCAUUAAAAACUUUAUCAGACCAGACACAAAAAAGUCUGAUGACUAAGAUGACCAACAAGAGGAAUAAAAAAAUAAUCAAGAAGAUGCUUACAUGACUAUCUUAUUACAAUUCUAUAUAGACCAAGAGCAAAGACAUUCUUGGAGAAUAAAAGCCCUAUUUUUAGAAAAACUACAAAAUUGCUUGCAGUUAUUUAAUAUGAACAAAUUUUAUAAAUAAUUUAUUCCAAUGGUUUUGGAAAAUUUAAGGAAGGAUCCUAAUGAAGUGAGAUAUUAGGCUGCAGGUGUAUUAAUUAAAUUUAUUUGCUCAAACCACUACAUCAACAAAUCAAAGGAAUUAAUUACUGAAAUGAUAAAUAAUUUUUUUAAGUCUAAGUCAUAUUAGUAAAGAAUUAGUUUCAUCUAUUUUGUAGAAUAGGCAACAUAAAACUUUUCUAGAGAUUAUUUUAAAAAGAGCAAGCUAUUUUGCGUGCUAGAGUUUGCCUCUGAUCAAAUACGUGAAGUAAAAAUGAGAUUAGCUAAGGCUCUACCAAAAAUAAGAUAUAUGCUUAAUGAAGAUGAUGAAGAAUCAGAAGAUAUGGUUGAUAAAUUUGAAAAAACAAUAUCUCAAUUAUAAAAUAAAAAAGAUAAAGAAUUAAGUUUAUAAAUGGAGAAAGUGAUGGAAGAAAUAGACGAAAUAGAUUUUGAAAGUGAAGAAGUUCAAAAGUAAAUUGAAAAAUAGGAUGAAGAUAGAAAAAAGAACGAAGAGAGAUUAAUAGCUUUAGAAUUAAAAGAAAGAGAAGAAAAUAGUAAAACAAAUAAAGAUGACUACGAUCUAAUAUACAGAUCUGAGUUAUCCAGCAACAACUUUAAUCAUAAUUACAAAAAGAGAUAUUCUGCUCGUAUAAAUAUGUCACCUAGUAUAACUAAUCAACCUGGUAUUAAGUCAAAAUUAUCUCUACAAUCGCAUAAUACUAGCUCACUUACUUCACUUAAAAUCAAUCACUCUAAUUCAGUUAUUACUAAUACAACUACCACAACAACUUCUUUAUAUAGUUCUUCUUCUCUCAAAAAAGAUUCAGGUAUUACCACUACCACAACCACUUCAAGUGUAACAGCUACCACCUAAGUAAGAAAGUAAUUAAAAAGAAGUAGCUUUGAGUAAAAAUCAUCUAUCACAACUGGAUCUACAACUACUACUUUACCUUCCUUAACUAAACAGCUUACAACUGGAACGAAAGUAUAAACAAAUAAUGGCUCAGAUUUUAAAUCUCCAACAACUUUAAACUCAAGUGGAAUCCCAAAAGGAAAUUCUACAGCGACUUCUACGAUUAAAAAAAAAAUUUGA